UUUGUUGAAGUCGUGGUCAUUAGUGUGGAUAUAUGCCAUGGAGGAAGAAGAAGGGUGAGUUUUACCUAAUGAAAUUUUCUGGGUUUUAUUUAUUGGAUCUGCAGGUCCAGGUCCCAUCGACCAGUAGUUGAGAUUUUUCUUUGUUUUCCUCUUUGAUUUGCUUAUGAACCAACCCAGAGAGCAGAAGCUAAAUAACCUUAGCUCCUGUGUCUUGUCCACUCAACUUCAAAGUCUUCAAAUGCUUUGUAAUGGUGCCUGUGUACAUAAAACUCAGUCUGCAUUUGGGAUUCCUAUCUUCUCAAUGAUUUGCGUAUGACCUAAGCCUAGAGAGCAGAAGCUGUUAUCUAUAUCGAUCUCUGUCUUUUCUUGCAUCUGAAGAGAUGGGUUGUGUUGCAUCGAAGAUUGAUAAGGAAGAGAGAGUGCAGAGAUGCAAGGAGAGAAAGAGGCUGAUGAAGCAAUUAGUUGGGUCUCGUGAACAAUUCGCUGCUGCCCAGUUGGCUUAUUUGCAAGCUCUGAAGAACACAGGCAUUACACUUCGGCAAUUCACUGAGGCAGAGACAUUGGAACUCGAAGAUGCUCCAUUUGCCUUUGCGUUGCGUCGAUCUCCUCCUCCCCCUCUGCCUCCUUCACCUCCACCUCCACCCCCCUUUAGUCCUGACUUAAGGAAGGUUACGAAGGUGGAGGAAGAAGAAGCUGUUCAAGAGGAAAGCAUUGAGAUCGACGAGGAGAGCAGCUGCAUAACUCUGCCGCCACCUCCACCCCCCUUUAGUCCUGAUUUAAGGAAGGUUGCGAAGGUGGAGGAAGAAGAAAUUGUUCAAGAGGAAAACAUUGAGACCGACGAGGAGAGCAGCUGCACAACGCCGCGGCCACCUCCGGUUCUAAAUUCUUCUUGGGAUUUCUGGGAUCCUUUUGACCCUUCUUCAUCUUCUCCACUUCAGCAGAAGAGUGAAGUGGUUCGGCAGGAGGAGGACGAAGAGUGGGCGGAGACUAAAACAGAUUUUGAUGAAGAAGAGAUAGUAGUUGCAGCUGAUAUUGUUCUGAAUUCGCUUCCGGAUAAGCCUCCAGUAGCAGAACUAAUUGAUGAUUGUUCAUCAAUGGUGAGCUGGAAUACGAAGGACACUGUAGAUAUGGCCAUGGUGGUCAGUAGGAGCAAGAAGACACUGGCGGGUAUUGUGAGGGAGUUGGAUGAUUAUUUCCUGAAAGCUUAUGAUGGUGGGAAGGAAAUUGCUGUUCUUCUCGACAUCAACAUAGGAGACUCUUCCUACCAGAAUAUAGGAGAAAGCAACAGGAAGAGAUGCAAGUCUGCAAAGGUCUUUAGCUCAUUGUCUAAGAGUUGGUCUUCCAGAUCAUUUCAGUCUAGCAGAGACUCUAUAGAAUUUCAAGGCCCAACUGAACCUUGCAAACUUGGCGCCCUUUGCAUCACACUAGAUAAGCUCUAUGCCGAGGAACAAAGACUUUAUGAGGAAGUUAAGGAGGAGGAACUAACAAAAUUGGAGUAUGAGAAGAAAACCCUGUUACUGCAGAGACAAGAAGCUGAGAAUGAAGAGUUGCCAAGGAUUGAGAAAACUCAGUUGAGCAUCGAGUGUUUGCAGUCUGACAUCAUGUGUUUGCAACAAUCAAUAAGUAGGACGUGCACAUCAAUAUUGAAGCUCAGAGAUGAGGAGCUGCUUCUGCAGCUUGUUGAGUUAUCAUUAGGGUUGAUGCACAUGUGGAGAACAAUGUAUGAAUGUCAUCAAGUGCAGAACCAUAUGGCCCAGCAAAUGUGCCAUCUCAUUAACAAUCCCAAUGCAGAUCCCACAACAGACUACCAUCGCCAGGCCACAUCUCAACUGGAAACAGAGGUCACUGCCUGGUACAAUAGCUUUUGCAACCUCCUCAAAUCCCAGCGAGGGUAUGUACGAGCCCUCACCAACUGGGUCCAACUGACGGACUGCCUAGAGAAUGACCAACAACGAAGUAACCACCCAUGCAGGGUUCAAGCCCUCUGUGAAGAAUGGCAGCUUGCCCUCGACAGGUUGCCAGACAAGGUGGCCUCUGACAACAUUAAGAGUUUUGUGUCAGUCAUCCACUCCAUAAUCUUGCAACAGGCUGAAGAACGUGACUUGCAGAAGAAGUCUGAUCGGAUUGAGAAGAGGUUGAAGAAGGAAUUGAACUCCCUGAGUGAAAUGGAGAAGAAGGUUGAUGUGAACUUCACUGGAAAUGGGGAUUCCACAUUGAGCCCUAAGCAUCCUUUAUCAAUCAAGCGUGCCAAGACUGAGGCCCUUAAGAAGCGGGUAGAGGAUGAGAAGGCAAAAUAUUUGAACUCAGUCCGGGUCACCCAGGCCAUGACCCUGAAUAAUCUACAAGCAGGCCUCCCAAAUGUCUUCCAAGCAUUAACUGGAUUCUCAAGUGUGUGCACUCAGGCUUUUGAGGCUAUUCAUAGCCAGGCAACAUCGAUAGCUUCUCACGCUGGAGGACCCUAGUUAUAAGUCUGAUGAAUUGUAUUUGACCAUGUGAGGCCUAUUUGGAACUUCAGAUGCCAGGACAAAGGGCUAUUGAGUUACAUUCUUUACCACUGGUUACCUGAAGUCUACCUCGUUUGAUGAGGAAUGUUAUACGAAGUCAACAUGUCUGCGGAUCAAUAACAGUAAAAAAUAGAGAAUUUCAGAGUGUAUGCUUGUUUCAAAUCAUCCUGGGAAAAGAAGUUGAAGUUUGGUACAGGUGAAUUCAGCUUCUAUCUCAGAGUGGUGGGGGGUUAGAGGCAGAUUUUGAAGAGGCCACUAGCAACAAUGGAUGACAAAAUACACUGAAUUGUAGGUAUUGGCACUAAAUAUACCUUAUUUGAUAUUUUCAUUGUAA